AUGGCCUAUCAAAUAUUGGGUAUAGCAAUUAUUGCUGCCGUUCUUGUUGCCCUCAAGGUACUCAAUGCAACCGAUACACCGAAAGUCAAAGGCAUCCCAGAAAUUCCCGGCAUCCCCGUCUUUGGCAACCUACUCCAGCUGGGCGUUGAUCACGCUCGAGUCGCGAAGAAAUGGGCAUCGAAAUAUGGACCUGUUUUCCAGGCUCGCCUCGGAAAUAGACGGAUUGUCUUCGUCAACUCUUAUGACGCGGUGAAGCAUUUUUGGAUCACCCAUCAGUCAUCUCUCAUUUCUCGCCCAACCUUUCAUACAUUUCAUUCUGUUGUCUCCUCAUCCCAAGGUUUUACGAUCGGCACUUCCCCCUGGGAUGAGUCUUGCAAACGACGCCGCAAGGCAGCCGCCACGGCACUCAACCGCCCUGCCGUUCAGUCCUACAUGCCCAUCCUUGAUCUUGAAUCAACAAUGAGCAUCAAAGAGCUGCUAAACGACUGCAUGGGAGGCUCACAAGACGUGGAUCCUAGUCCCUAUAUGUCACGGUUUGCGCUCAACACGUCACUGACAUUGAACUACGGAUUCCGCAUCGAGGGCAAUGUCACCAGCGAGCUUCUGACGGAAAUCACACAUGUGGAGCGUGAAAUCUCCAAUUUCCGAUCCACGAGCAAUAACUGGCAAGAUUAUAUACCACUGAUGCGCAUGUUUGGCACCACAAACACCAAAGCGGGAGAGUAUCGCCUACGACGCGACAAAUACCUGGGUGACAUGCUUAAUGAUUUGAAGGACAGAAUUGCAGCAGGUACUGAUAAGCCAUGCAUUACUGGAAAUAUUCUCAAGGAUCCAGAAGCAAAGCUGAAUGAAGCCGAGCUUAAGUCCAUAUGCUUGACAAUGGUGUCUGCGGGUCUGGAUACAGUACCUGGAAACAUCAUUAUGGGCAUGGCGUAUCUUUCUACCGAACACGGUCAGAGUAUCCAGGCCAAAGCUCUCGAAGCUAUCGAAGAAGUCUAUCCCAAUGGAGAUGCCUGGGAAAAAUGUCUUGUUGAGGAAAAGGUACCCUAUAUCACCGCUCUCGUCAAGGAGACCCUUCGUUUCUGGACUGUCAUUCCAAUUUGCCUCCCCCGCGUCAACAUCAAAGAUAUCCCCUACGAGGGCGCUAUCGUACCGGCCGGAACAACCUUCUUCAUGAAUGCAUACGCAGCUGAUUAUGACGAGGCUCGAUUCAAACUUCCGGAUCAAUUCCAUCCGGAGCGGUUUUUAGAGGAUAAAGAGAUGGGUACACCUCACUACGCAUAUGGAGCGGGAUCUCGAAUGUGCGCGGGUUCUCACCUCGCCAACCGAGAGCUAUAUACGGCAUAUAUCCGUCUCAUUACGAGCUUCCAGAUAACCCCCACGAAAGAUUCUCACCAAGCCCCGGUCAUUCACCCUCUUGAUUGCAACGGCACACCCACUUCAUUGACAACUGAUCCAAAACCAUUCAAGAUUGGGUUGAAGCCGCGAGAUGAAGCCAAGGCCAGACAAUGGAUCGCCGAGGCAGAAGAAAGGACCAAGCAUUUGUAA